UUUAAAAUGGCACAAUCAGCGACAGUAUUUUCCCAGCCGCAGCCGUAUGAAAAGGCUACUAGCGAACGACGAGUAGUUUAUGAAGGAAAGUUGGAUGAAAAUGCUCUUGCUAGCUUUAUGAUGAAGCAAGCUUGUUGUUGCUCGUGUUUACCCGGAUUUGGCUGCUUAUUUCUACAGCCAUGUCGAGCAAUUUGUUGGGGACGACAUGAAGCACACUUACAAGCGCAAGCAGUCAAAGUCCUUAUAUACGAAGAUGCUGUAGAAGUUCGUGCAGAUCCGUACAUGCAGUGUUGUACUUGUUGCGGAGCCGGUGCACCACCACAACCACAAAAUCAAAUUGGCUGCUGUUGGCCCAGCGAAAAAGUGAUCAAAGCUAUUCCAUUGGAUCAAAUAAGUGAUGUAACCAUAUCGCCCACUUUUGAAUGCGACCGUAUUCGCAUCUCUUCUACCGUUGGAGGGCAAAAUAGCAGCAACUACGGCAUUGAAAUUAUUGGUUUACAAGAUAUUGAAGCUUUCAAGGACGCCAUAUUUAAGCAACAAAGUGUACGAAAAGCAGCAACCGGUGUAAUGGCGUUACCGCCCAGCUAUACUUAA